AUGGGGCUGCGGGCAAGUCAGUACUACGAUGUAUCUCUUCUAGCGGAGGCGUCCUUUGGGUACCUCUAUCGGGUCAAGAAGAGCGGGACCGAGGGAUUUAUUGCUCUGCGUGUGGCCGACAUGCCAGAGGCCUCUCCUGAUGACCUUGUGCACCUUGCUGAGGAGUGCAGGCUGUACUUCCAAUAUCAGCAUCAUAAAAUAGUUCAGUUCAACGAGCCUAUGAUUGAUUGGGAGUCGGGACACAUCGAGGUCGAGAUGGAAUACAUGCCUGGCGGCACAUUGGAGCAGUACCUCGUCGGAAACCACGGGUCCCAGAUUCCAGAGGUGGACAUAUGGCAGAUUCUCGGAGACGUGACAGAAGGUCUUGCCCAUUUGCACAGCCGCAUCAAUGGCCGGGCUCCAACCGCCCACUGCGACCUUCGCCCUGCAACGAUUUUACGGAAGCAAAACAUAUUUAAGCUAUCCUUUUUUAGUCUUUCGCGGUUCAUCAUGCGGCGCCCAAACCGGAAGAGCCUCGCCGAUGCGCGGCUCUAUGUUGCGCCAGAGACGAUGCGGUGGCAAACCAGCGGGCCUGCUGCAGACAUCUGGUCUUUAGGUCUCAUCAUUUUAGAUCUUGCGUCCACGCUGACUGUACGCUACGGUUCCGCCGCACACGAUCUUAGCUCACUUUCCCUUUCUGGGUAUUCCGAGACGCUUACCUGGCUGGUCCACUCCUGUCUGCUCGUUGAUCCAACUGAGCGCAUAACGGCUGCUGAGAUAUUUGCAUUACUGCCCACCCAACAGGCGGCCCGUGCUGCGGUUUACAAUGCCAUAAUAGCGAGCAGGACACCUGCAGACUACCUUUCAGACUCGCUUUGUUAUACAGACUUUUUUGUUUCUCCUCAACAUCACGACGCGGGAUUGAUGCACCAGGCACUCGGCCCCUCGCAAAUACUAGACCUCCCAAAAACUAAUUCAGCUCCAGAUAUCGAUGCCGAUGCUCCUGAAGCAGAACUGCCUAAGUUUACGACCGCUUGUGACGACACGCCGUCCUCCGGGAGGCAGGCGAAGCUUCCGGGCACUCCAUCAAGCGUUGUGUCCACAGACUCUAAUAGCGAUAUUCAAGAAUAUGGAAAUAUUGCCACGUCCUUUGUUCACUUCAAUAGUCCUGGCUCUACACUACACAACCAGAAGGCGGUAAUAGAGUCCAAGAUACGGCUACUCUCUGUGUCUCCCUAUGAAGCCGUCACAACCUCACUUGCAUCUAAUAACCCCCAGCUCCUCUUUGCCUUGCUCUCUCACAUCUAUAUACAUAACGUUUUAAUAAACGCAGCAGAGAUCUUCCGAUACCAAUCCCAGCACCUCAUAGAAGUUCAAGAGAAGACGCCUCUUAUGUGGGCCGCGCACAUGGGCGCUACAGCCACUGUCAACGCAAAUCUCUCCUUGGUGCGACAUGUGUACCUGGGCGACACGGCAUUGAUGUUUGCUGCAUCUGCUGGGCACUUAGAGUGCGUCAAGCUUUUGCUGUCUGAGAUCGGAAUCCAGAAGCAUACGUCUGUCACGGUCUUUGCUCAUGUAAGUGGAUGGACUGCUCUAAUGAAGGCAGCGCAGAAUGGACACGCCGUCACAACAGAACUCCUUCUUCUGGAGGCUGGAGCCCGAAAGGCAGACGGUAUGACUGCACUGAUGCUGGCUGCUCAAGCUAAUCACUACGACAGUGUCAGGUUGCUAUUAGAGCGGGAGGCUUGCAUGCAAGAUCAGGACGGCUGGACGGCGCUGAUGUAUGCUGCCCGAGAGGGGAGUCUUGCCAGCCUUCGUCUGCUGUUAGAACGAGAGAAGGGUAUGACUGCAGACAACGGGCAAACUGCUCUUGUGGCAGCUAUUCGUGCCGGACAGAAAGAGUGUAUUCAAGCCCUGUUUCCAUUUGAGGGAAGCCUAAGGAACAGCCAAGGAGAUCUCCUUUAUGAGCUUGUCCUUGCAGAGAUGAAGCGCGCAGAAGCAGUGGAGGCAAGGCAGCGCAUGGACAUGGUAGAAGAUACCAUUAGCGAGGCGGCAGGGCACGCCUCGACCAUACCUGUAAAUUGA